UUUAUGGGCUUGAAACUGGUUUUGUUUAAAAGGGAAAAGCCCAAAAGUGUUUCUUCAGUAGUUAUUGAAAUUUCAAUCACAAUUGUUGGAAAUGACAAAAUUCCAAUAAGUCGUUCAAAGAAUUUCCUUGCAAAUGAUGUAGGUAAUUAUUUUGAUAUUUGAGAAGUUCCUUAAAUUAGUGGAGCAACAAACAAAAAAAACUAUAAAUUUCGAAUAUAAGAAUUCUCAAAUACCUACCUAGGUAUAAAAAAAAAAAGAAUUUUUAUGAUUAAUUGACACAUUCUGACAAAAUCAUAUACGGUUUUCCCCAUAUGAAAGACACGCUAUAGUAGAUUUUUUCCCUGCGUUCAAAGUAAUCAUACCGACGUCAUGUGUGUGUAUGCGUUGGGGUCCCCCCUUUAUUUCCCCAAUUAUUUUGUUUGAUCAUUGUGGCUCUCUUUUUAGAUGGCUCGAGUAUUGGGUGCGAGCGAAAGGUAAAAACGUUGGGUAAGGACACGAAGAAUUAAAUAUUGGGAUCAAGAAAUAGUAGGCUUGAAUUUUGUUUUGAUUUUGACUUCUUACCGACAAGAAGCAGUUUUCUCUUUUAUAGCGUUUUACUAUCAGUUGGGUUUUAAGUUUUUUUUUUUUUUAUUUUGUGUUUUUUUUAAGGAGUUCAACUAGGAAGGAAGAAACUUGGGAUAAUGGGAACUAUCCCACAAUUGUCCAUAAUCAAAGGCCCAACAAGGCCGUUGCAACCCAAUGUCCUCCACAACAUUUUCGAAAAGGUUGCAAACGGACCUCACAAGUCCAACAUUGCCUUGAUUUUCCAAGAAAACUGUCAAACUUACGAGCAAGUGGACAAACUCAGUAAUCAAUUUGCCAGAGUUAUUCGGCAAGCUGUAAUUGAGAAUAAUUUGCAGAAAAAUCACGAUGGAGAUUAUAUCGUUGCUGUUAAUAUGCAUCCAAGUGAUAGCUUGGUAAUUAUUUUGUUAUCCAUUUGGAAAGCUGGAUGUGCUUAUUUACCAUUAGACCAUGCAUUUCCAGGCCAAAGAAUCGAACAUAUUAUACGUGAAUCCAGGCCUGUGAUGAUCAUAUUCGAUGAAGAUUCUUCGUUUUAUUUGAAUACUUUCAAAUUGUCUGUGGAGGAAAUUUCGCAACACGGUUCGCAACAAUCGGAUGCAAGUUUGAAGGAGAAUGGGAGGUUGAGGCAUUCUAAGGAUGAUUUGGCUGUUGUUUUGUAUACUUCUGGUAGUACUGGAGUACCAAAAGGUGUUAGAUUACCUCACAAGGUGAUUUUGAACCGUCUCCAAUGGCAAUUCAAAAGAUUCCCCUACAGCCCUACGGAAAAAGUGUGUGUUUUCAAAACAGCCCUAACCUUUGUCGACAGCAUUGCCGAAAUAUGGGGCCCUUUACUCAACGGCUUGACAAUUUUAGUUGUACCCAAAGCUUUGACCAAAGACCCGGAAAAACUUGUGAAUUUAAUUGACAAAUAUCAGAUUGAACGUCUCGUUCUUGUCCCAUCACUACUAAGAAGCCUCUUACUUUAUUUGGGAUUACAAGUAAAUAAAGAUGCCCUUAAAUCGUUGAAACUUUGGGUUUGUUCAGGUGAAACUUUAGCAGUGUCUUUAGCUCAAGACUUUUUCCAUUACUUUACUAGAAACGAGUAUAAAUUGUGCAAUUUUUAUGGCAGUACUGAAAUAAUGGGAGACGUGACUUACCACGUUAUCGAAAGUCACGACGAUAUAAGAAACUUACAUAAAAUUCCUAUUGGUUUACCGCUGGAUAAUACAAUGAUAUACCUCUUGGACAAAGAUUACAGACCUGUAAAAGCCGGAGAAGUAGGAGAACUAUUCGUUUCCGGAUUAAAUUUGGCCGCAGGCUACGUCAACAAUCGCGAUCCGGAAAAAUUCAUCGAAAAUCCUUUGGCAAUCGAUCCUACUUAUUCGAAACUUUUUCGUACUGGCGAUUAUGCUAGAAUCGAAAAAGGUACUCUAUUGUACGAAGGACGUACCGAUUCGCAAGUGAAAAUCCGCGGACACAGGGUGGACUUGUCCGAAGUGGAAAAAGCUGUCAAUUCACUUAAAGGGGUGGACAAAGGAGUGGUUUUGUGCUACAAGCCUGGCGAAAUGAGCCAGGCACUUUUGGCUUUUGUUACCACUAAGAAUUUGAUGAGCGAACAUCAAAUCGAAACCAUGCUUGGUGAUAAAUUGACCAAUUAUAUGAUACCGCAAGUUGUUUUGGUUGAAAAUAUUCCGUUGCUGGUUAACGGGAAAAUUGACAGGCAGGGAUUGUUGAAGAUGUAUGAAAAUACUAAUAAUAAUGAUGAUUCUGCUCCUGAAAUCGAAAUCAGCUACGAAGGAGUCCCCUCACACCAACUAAAAGCCGCCAAAGAUUUAUUCGAAACUGUAGCCGCCGUUUUGGGUCGUUCUGCCCGAAACGCAAUUUCAGUCAACGCGAAUUUCUACGAAAUCGGUGGCAAUUCCUUAAACUCGAUUUUCACGAUUUCACGUUUGACAGAAAAAGGAUACCACAUAAACAUAGGAGACUUUAUAUCUGCAAUAGAUUUCGGAGAAGUUCUACAACGUAUGACCGAAGAUACCAUAAUAAUGAAACAACCUCCAAGUUAUACAAUGGAACUUUUAAAAAACGAUCAUAAGAAUUCAGUUUUAGACAUGAUCACAACAAGCUUCUACCAAAAAGCCGACCUGGAACAAUGGAUAAUUUCGGAAAUAUCCGUUUCCGAUUACGAAGAACUAAUGAAAGAAUUAUGGGCUCCUUUAGUUGAAAAAAAUUUGAGUUUCGUUGCCAGAAACCAAACCGGCAAAAUAUGCGGAGUGGCUUUGAAUUUCGAUGCCAGAGACGAACCAGAAGUUGAAAUCAAAUCCAAAUUGAUUGUGAUAUUUGAGUUUUUAGAAAGCAUCGAAGGACCAGUGAGAGACAAUCAACUACCAUCAGGCAAAGGCAAAAUCCUUCACUCAUUCAUGAUGGCAACGCAUUCCUCGUUAACUCCCAGAGAAAAUGUGGCAGUAUUCCAGUAUAUGGAAGAUGAAGUAUUAAAACUGGCUAAAACCAGAGGGUUUGCUGGAAUUUUGACCACAAACACUAGUCCUUUGACCCAGCAAUUGGGCUGCGACGUGUACAAGUACCAGUGCAUGCUGGACUAUCAAGUGAACCAGUACGUUUCAAGCGAUGGUACCAAACCAUUUGGAAUGGCACCUGAUGACCAAAGAGCUAUAGUACAUUGGAAACCGUUGAUGUGAUUGAAUUUUGUCAAUAAUUGUAUAUUAAAAUAGUAACUGGUGUUUAUUUAUUUGUAAAAAUAAUUAUAAUAAUUCCUAUAUAAGUAUAUAAGUAAUAGACUUAGGUAUAUUAAAAAUAAUUUUUAUGUUUUAUUCAUCGUCCCUUCUUUUCAUUCUCUUCUCACACGGUUUUUCAUAUGGUCGA